CUGUGUUGACGUGACGGGCGACGGCAGAGCUUGACUCUUUGGAUUGACUGGGAUUGACGGUCUGGCUGUGACCUGUCUAAGUGUCUAGCUAGGAUUUUAUUCUAAACUCUCAAGUGAAAUGUGUUCAAAAUCUACAAAUCUUAUUUUGGACUGAAUAAUAAACAAAUUUUUGUGAGAAAACUCGUUGUGUACCUAUGAAUUUCGUUAUCUCUUUCUCAUCAAAUAUUGUUUUCAUUCUCAAACAUGCAGUCCGGAGUAUGUUUAAUUUUAAACCUAGAAUGAAUUUAGUGAUAUAAAUAUGUGAAUUUUUAGUGAAAAAAUUAGACAAUAAUUCAUUCAUGCCUCGUGUCCUUACUCAAAUCAGAGAAAAAAUUAAAUUUGAUCAAGAGUGCUGUUUAUAUGUACGCAGCGGGAAUGACAAUAAUGGCAGUUUCUGUUGGGGAAAUAUGCGAGAAUACCAAAUUGGCCAGGGAAAUGGCACUAAUGGGGAACUACGAAUCGGCUCUCGUCUACUAUGAAGGGACAGUUCAAAUGAUACACAGGCUUCUAAUCACAAUAGCGGACCCCACACGGAAAUCGAAGUGGCAAUUGGUUCAGAAACAAAUGGCACGGGAAUACGAGCAGCUCAAGGCGACGGUCGCGACGCUACAGGUGUUUCAGCACGACGGAGAGAAGGCGAUCACACCUCUCAGUGGAAACUAUGAGGACAUGCCGACCCGGGACCAGAUGUGGGCGCCGGCACCGCACGAGAUCGACCCCGACGUGUGGCCACCGCCGCCCGAUAGAGAUCCUCACGCCUGGCCCUCUCCCACCACAGUUGACCACAAUUCCAGAAAUAUCCCACCAUUGAAAUCAGCACGAAAUAAUCCACGGAACCAGCGCACGGCCGAUGUCAAGAAACCCACCGCCAGAACAGCGACUACCUCACAACGAAGACCGUCAGACAUCAAAAAUCCUAAAAACAAUACCAAUAAAACACACAGUGCAAAAUCAAAGGACGGCAAUAAUAAAGAGAACAACGGUAAAGACAAGCAAGACAGAGACAACAACAACGGAGACACCGAUGAUGAGAAGCAUAAAGAAGACGAGAGGAGAUUUGAGCCGUCGUCUGCGGCGGAUACUGACCUAGUCGAUAUGUUAGAAAGAGAUAUAGUACAAAAGAACCCGAGCAUUCGAUGGGACGACAUCGCGGACCUGUCGGAAGCCAAGCGGUUGCUGGAGGAGGCGGUCGUGCUACCCAUGUGGAUGCCGGACUUCUUCAAGGGAAUCCGUCGACCAUGGAAGGGUGUGUUGAUGGUGGGUCCGCCAGGCACUGGCAAGACCAUGCUAGCGAAGGCGGUCGCCACGGAGUGCGGAACCACGUUCUUCAACGUGUCGUCAUCAACGCUCACCUCGAAAUAUCGGGGCGAGUCCGAGAAGUUGGUGCGGCUGCUGUUUGAGAUGGCGCGGUUCUACGCCCCGAGCACGAUCUUCAUCGACGAGAUCGACUCGCUGUGCUCGCGGCGCGGCUCCGACAGUGAGCACGAGGCCUCACGCCGGGUCAAGUCCGAGCUGCUCGUGCAGAUGGAUGGCCUCUCCUCCACCAGCGACGAACCCGCCAAGGUAGUCAUGGUAUUAGCUGCAACAAACUUCCCGUGGGACAUCGACGAAGCGUUACGGAGGCGUCUGGAGAAGAGGAUAUAUAUCCCGCUACCCACUCAGGAGGGGCGGGAGGCGCUACUGCACAUCAACCUGAAGGAGGUCAAGGUCGACCCAGAGCUAGACCUCAAGGUCAUUGCGAAGAAGCUGGAUGGAUAUUCGGGGGCAGAUAUCACUACUGUCUGCAGAGAUGCCGCUAUGAUGUCUAUGCGGCGGAGGAUAGCGGGCCUGAAGCCGGAACAAAUUAAGCAGCUCGCUAAGGAAGAAGUGGACUUGCCGGUCACCAAGGCCGACUUCAUGGAAGCAUUGUCCAAGUGUAAUAAGUCUGUGUCCAAGGGAGACAUCCAGAAAUACCUCACGUGGAUGGCAGAGUUUGGCUCCUCCUGAUCUAUGUAAAAUAGCUGUUAAGGAUCACACACACCAUACAAUUCCUCUGCGGCUUACUUAAUAAUAUAACGUAUAUCUUUAUUCCAGAUAAAAUUGAAAAUAAAUAUUUCAAUACAGAUACGCCAACUCUAACAUUUAAUUCUAAUUUCUAAUUAUUAAAAUCCAUUGUAUAGUAUAAUCCAACAUUUGGUUAGUACCUAACAUAAGUGAGCAUCACAUCAUCUAUAUCAAGGAUUUACUUGUUUUUAUCAAAGGAACUUCUUUGAAUUUUUUUUUGUUAUUUGCUUAAAUUUUAUUGUUUUAAUAAGUCAAUUAUCUUACAGUUAUAGGCGUUUACUAAUAAAUUUUUAUAGUAAUAAGUUUAGUAAUGAUAGUAAGUUUUUCAUAAUUUUAUUAAGCAAUAUGCAUGCAUGUAUAAUAUCAGUUGAGUCAAACUCAUACUAACUCAGCCGCCGCGCAAGUUGUGUGGUGUGUGCACGCCUUUAUGAUAAGUAUUAUACAGAGCUCAAUAGCAUCCAUUCAUAGCUUCCUAUUUUAUUUAAAAUAUUGUUAACUUGCGGGGAACUCACAUGUUCCUUAAAGAUUAACAGUCAUUUUAUAAUUCCACUACUGUUCCACCAUUCAUUCCAAUAAGUUAUGAGUAAAACGCUAUCGUGCUCUGUGUAUAGCAGAAUCAAUACUACGUACUAUGGCGAUAAAUUUGAAGUAGCAUUAUUUGCAUUUAUUUGACAACGUAUUUUUUUUUAUAUUUAUAUACUUAUUAGAAUAUUUCAUACUGUAAUAAAUUCCUACUUUCAAAUACUUCGCCAUGUUGCGUAGCGUUAUACUUCGAUUUUAAAUAAUAAAAUUGCCUUAUAGAGUUAGACACGAGAUGGACGGCGUCAGUAUUAAUAAUUAAAAUAUUAGUUGCAUAUCAAAUGUUCACUGUUGGGAAUUGAACCGAUUGAAUUCUGUAAAUAUAGAAAAAAAAAUGUCUUUCACCCCCACUACACAGCACAAAAUAGAUUUUAAUAUAAAUGGAACAAAAUAAAUAAACAAUUACUUAAUUCACCAUUUUGUUUUGAUGAUACGCCAAAACUGACAUCUGUUGUAAUUAUUAUAGACCAGCCACAACCACUUGAGAAUAUCAAUAUUAUAAAUAUAACGACAUAGACAAUGAAAGUGUCUCAAAAUUAACGCACUAUUUGAUGUAAAUACAAAGCAACAAUUUUUUGAGACAACAUAUCAUAUUGAUAUGUAUAUAUGUUUAUGGUAUGCAGUCCAAUCAUUAUUCAAUGAAUGAAUAUCUCAAUGACCCUCUUUACAAUAAUUGUCAAAGUUUUAUAAUAAUUCCUUCUUUAUCGAAAUAGCUAAGUUAUAAUUAUGACAUAAUUACCAAACUGGUGUUCCAUUUUUACUAAGCUUAAACCAUUAUCUGUUAAUUUUUUUUAUAUUUUAUUAUGUGACCAUGGAUGCUAGUCCUUCAGUAGGAUUAAUUAAAUUUAUUUAAAUAGGGUAAUCCUAGACAUCGGCUUGCACGAAUAUUGAUUAAUUCAAAUCUUGUGAUAAUUUUGAGACACCCUUUUAGUUAAUUUAGACAAUUUUGAAAAUGCAACCAAGCAAGAUCUGUCACAUUUCGUAUUAUUAAUAUAUUUAAAUUCCUAAAUCGUGAUGUUUGUACUUAAUUUAUUUUAUAAUGAGAUUCAACGUUUAGAUAAUAAAUUUAAUGCCAUAAAUAAUUUUUAAAUGUAUGUUUAUGAAUAGAUUGUUUUUAUAAUUUCUCCAGUAUGUUUUUUAUUGAUGAUAAAAUGAUACAUACAUUCUGCUCAAUUAAAAUUUUAUAUGCGUGAGAAUAGUAUUAUGUAAGAUAUCUACUAACAGCAAUAAAUUAAUAAAUCUAUCCUCGGUUUGUAUUAAACUUAUGACUAUAGAAAGACGAAAUCACUCAUAUUAAUUACAUAGAGAAUCAUAUAAUAUCUUAAUUAAUAUUAAGAUUUGAAUUGGUAUAAUUGUAAUGAGAAGUAACUGAAGAGGAUAUUUUUGCAUCAUUUGUCAUUUCUGUAUAACGAAAAUAAAAACAUUUAAAGUA